AUGUCCCGGAGCGUCUCUCCAGUAAAAUAUCUUUCCCCAGUAUUUUUGUCAAUUUGUGAUUUUCUACCCGAAAAAAUGAGCCCCAACGGAAUUAAUGGUGAUGCCUCCCAGCACGAUGAGAUGCAGUACCUGCAGUUGAUUGAGCGAAUCAUCGAAACAGGUGCUAAGCGUGAAGAUCGUACAGGUGUGGGAACUCUGUCAAUCUUUGGGGCACAGAUGCGCUUUAAUUUACGCAAUGACGUCUUCCCAUUGCUGACCACGAAGAGAGUCUUCUGGCGCGGUGUUGCUGAGGAGCUUAUUUGGUUCAUUCGCGGAUCGACGGAUGCACGAGAGCUACAGCAGAAGGGCAUCACCAUUUGGAAUGGAAACAGUACCCGGGAGUAUCUGGAUGAGAUGGGCUUCAAGGAUCGCGAAGAGGGUGAUCUGGGGCCUGUUUAUGGGUUCCAAUGGCGUCACUUUGGUGCCCCCUACCGUACAUGCCGUGACACCUACAACGGCCAGGGGGUGGAUCAACUUCAGGAAGUGAUAAAGCUUAUCCGCGAGAAGCCCACUGAUCGUCGAAUCAUCAUGAGUGCAUGGAAUCCUGUGGAUCUCCCCAUUAUGGCGCUCCCACCCUGUCACUGCCUUGUGCAAUUCUACGUGGCCAAUGGGGAGCUCUCGUGCCAAAUGUAUCAACGUUCAGCCGACAUGGGACUGGGGGUACCAUUCAACAUUGCCAGCUAUGCUCUCCUCACACGAAUGAUUGCCCAAAUCACAGAUCUCAAGCCAGGGGACUUCGUGCACACCCUCGGAGAUGCUCAUGUUUACUUGAAUCACGUGGAACCCCUCCGGGAGCAACUGAAGCGCACCCCAAAACCCUUCCCAACACUCCACAUUGCCCGACGCCCAGAAAACAUUGAAGAUUUCACAUUUGAGGACUUUGAGCUACGUAACUACAGCCCCCAUCCGAAAAUUGCCAUGGAGAUGGCUGUUUAGGUUCCCACCAGCAAACUACUAAGGUGUCGAUGGAGCUACAGAGAUGAAGAACAAAGAGGGAAUGCUGAAGAAAAAAAAAACAUUGUAAUGAAGCUUCUAAAUUUGUUCACUUUAUCAGUUUAUGCGGAGAAAUGGGGGCUUCUCGCAUUGAACUUUUGAGAAUAUCCGCUGUGGUUUCUUUAUAAGAAAAAAUACAAUUGAUUCUUUUUUAAAUUUCAAUUUUUAAAUAAUAAAUCUUGUUGAGCUUC